CGCGAUCGCACUUCGAUGUCAGAGGACGUACCUGAGAGCCAACCGUCGCCUGUGCCGUCGACGACGUUCAUGACACCAUUCGACUUGACGCGAGAAGAGGAAGCGGACCUGCACGACUCUGCGCGUUCCAAGGCCAGUGCGUUGCUUGCGGCGACUUCAAAUCCGCCAGGUCCCGAGUGGACUCGGACAAAGUCGCUGGGGCCAUCCAUCUUGGAAUCCACAUCGCCAACGCAAGCAAGCGUGCGGGCAACUGCAUUAAUUCGCGGCUCGCCGGAGCUGGUUCUGCAAGUUCUCGACAGCGCCGUCGUGUCUAGCUACCGCAACGCCAUGCGACUGGUGUAUCAGCACGCAUUUGCCGACACAGCGGUGCUGUACCAUCACCAAAUGAACAGUCACGAGUCACUGGCCGUUCAGUGGACAGCGUUUCGCUGCCACAAUCCUCUGCUCACGGACAUUGACAUGUGCUGUGUUGAGUACACCAACAUCCCGCUGUUUCCACCAACAUCACCCAAGCAAAGCCGUCGCAGCACCAACCAAGAAGACAGGGACCCUAAUGACGACGAGUGUCUUGGUCAAACGUGCAUCGGGUAUAAGCUGUGUGAAUCCAUUACUCGAAAACAAUGUCCAUCGCUGCAAGACUCGCAUUGCCUUGAGCGCGUAUCAAGUCCACUGUGGGGCUACGCGUUGUAUCCUUCGAAUAACGGCAUCCAGGUCGUGUUUACCAUGUCACUCUCCCACGACUCAUCUUCGCCGCGACGGCUUGCCAACCGCCGACUGCUUCUCUUUCUGGCCGCAGCGCUUCCCCGACUUCAGCAAGCCGUCGACGUGGUACAGCAUCAACAGCACCAGUAUCCCCCCCAUACCUCUACCAAUACCUACGACAACAAUGCGCUAGAAGCAUCAUCUUCGUCCAUUACGUGUGGACUGUGUGCACGCCUGUUUUCACAUCGUCGACGCCGCCAUCCGUGCCGAGCAUGCAGUCAAGAUGUCUGCCACAUAUGCAGCUCGUUCCAUGACGUGGCAGUUCCUGGGGUUGGUCUGGCUCGAGUUCGAGUUUGCACCAAGUGUCGACCCCUGCCCGUGGAAACCCCGGCGGCGCCUGCGAUACCACCGCCGCGACUCCGAGCCGUCCCCACCAAUCAAACAACACCAAUCUCCUCCACCCCCACCCCGACAUCGGCUCCAGCCCCCCCCCCUAUUGCCAUUCGUAGUCGAAUGCAGUUGGAUCUGGACAUGGUUCACACACCCGCACCUCGAGCGAGCCCUGGUAAGUGGGCGCCCCGGAGCCCCCUACUCCCCCCCCGGUCCGCCGGAAUGAGCAAGGCCGGCUUCCACGGAUUUUCAGUGCGCCAUCCCCCGACCAGCCCCGUUCCUUCCCCUGGGAAACCCCCCCACAGUACUGACAGCCCACAAAGAAAGCUGUCAGUUCCGACCACGACGACCCUUCUGGGCCUCCUUGAACAAGCCACGGCAGCCAUGCAGUGCAAGUUUGCAGGGCUAUCGAUGGUCAAGACCCCCUCCGAUCCCGUCCUCCAACACUUUUUGCACGUCCAAAACAGCGCCAAGAUGCUCGUUGUGCCGUCCCAGAUGGCUAUUUGCGCCCCUGUGUUGGCCUGCGACCAGUCACUAGUUGUGGGACAUACGCACUUGGAGUCAACCCCACAAGUGGACUGGCUCAAGCUCCCCAUCGUCAUGGGUCCUCAAAAGGCGACCUUUUACGCGGGGGUGCCACUGAGAAGCUCCACAGGGCAAUCGCUUGGGGCACUCUGUGUGUUCGACUCCACUGCAAGGGACGUCGACGCAAUCCCCCCUGAAGCCCUCAAAACGCUGGACGUUGUGGCCGACACCAUCGUGGCGCUAGUGGAAGGCAAGCAGCGUGUCGGACUUGAUCGACGACGGAGCCGCGUGAGUGACGACUGCGAAGGGCGGGAAGAAGGGCAGCAUGAAAGCCCUGCGUCGUCGCCGGCCCGGAAGCCAUCCCUUCAACAACGAGGCGGAUAUUUGUCCCCUUCAAUGCCACUCACAAACCAAGAUGCAGUUAGUGUCUAGUGUCGUUGGGAUGGGAUCUACCAAGACAUAUAUUUGUACACAUCCAUGUGAUCAUAAGGUCAACUCUCAAUUCGCUG